AUGGAACUUGAGCAAGAAUACGUCAGGACGUGGUACUUGGACCGCAAUCGCCGCAUCAAACUUGCCGAGAUACCCAGGCUGAACGAACGUACCAUCAAGAUCUGGUUCCAGAAACGUCGCCUGAAGGUCAAGACAGACAACACUGAGAUUCUUGAAGUAGAAGCUUCAAGCACAACUGAUUCCUCAGCGGAUCAGAAUACUAUGCCGAUUAUUAAUCAAGAACAACUACAUAAGGCUUUUAAUGGGAACGUCUACAUGGAGUAUCCAGUAGUUUCUCCUCCAAAUCUGGUAGCUGUUCCGCCGAUGUCUAUGGGUCAGCCGAUGCAGGGCACAACGAUGGAGAGUAACGAAACCCAAUGGCUUCAAGAAACCGCCGCUACUCUGCCUGAUAAUGAGACUUGGUCAGAACUACCACCACCGGAGCUGGUUCCUGUAACUGUCAGCGAACCGAGCCCCGUCUACACUGCCGGCCCACCUGUCUACAACCAACAGAAGUUCGACUUUCCGAGCGGCAUCGACCCCAACUGGGGCGGUAAAUGGAUUGCUGAACGGACCCAGUCCUCGUCCCAUGUUGCCGAAUGGGACUUUUGUAAACAACCCAAACAGCUGGAUGCCAAAUCAGAACCCAAAUCGCCUUAUGACUCGAUCUGGAUGGACCCCAAAUACCGUUCAAGGUGCAAAACUGCAAAUAUCGUUCGGAAACCUAAACGCGCCCGAACAGCUUUCAGCACCCAGCAAAAAAUGGAACUUGAGCAAGAAUACUUCAGGACGCGGUACUUAGACCGCAAUUGCCGCAUCGAUUUUGCCGAGAUACUCAAACUCAACGAACAUACCAUCAAGAUCUGGUUCCAGAACCGUCGCCUGAAUAUGAAGAAAGACAAGGCUUAA